AUGCUAAACACUGACCAACAGUUGGGCAAGGCUAAAUCGGAGAAACAAAGACACAACACAGAGCCCUUGAUUUCAGGGACGGGCACGGGGCUGUUCAAACUUCUAUCAAGCAUCAUUCCGGAGGAGCAGAGGAGCCUUGGGAGUGGUGACAACCUCCAGAACCAGAGCUGCCAGCUGCAAAGGUCUCAGAGCGCAGGGCAGACAACAAAGAAAGAACACAAGCCCCGGAGACGGCACAAGAAAGGACGAAGCUCAGCUGAGGCAGAGGAUCUCUUCAGUCCACCUUCUCGGAAGCCCUCCUUCCCUUUCCAGUGGGCCUGGGAGAGCUUCAUCAUUGAUGGCCAAACUCUGCUUCAGCCGAGUGCAUCUCUUUCCCCGGGCCAACGAUGCCUGCUCUUGCCAACGGCCCCCCAUCUCAAGUCCAGGCGCAAGUCAACAGCCAAUCUCUCUGAAGACCUUGUUGUCGGCCACAAGAUGGAAGUGCAAAGGCUGGGGAAGAAGCAUCAGCUGGGGGCCUGCGGCACCAUUGCCCUUCCUCUGGGCAAAGCAGAGAGCUCAGGGCUGGAGUCAGCCAGCCAGGGUAGCAACUGCCUAACAGGCAAAGGGUCAUGGUCAGAGUUUGAGUAUGGCUCAGAAGCAGAAGGCCAGGAGGCUGAGGAGGGGGAGAGGGAUCUGAGUCUUGGGGAACUGCCCCAGCUCCCAGGGCAGAACCUGCUCUUGGAGGAGUGGGUCUCAGAGGUGAUGGAAGAGGAGGAACACAGUGCCCCCAACAAGAGAAAUGGCAGCUCGGGUAGUAAGCACAGCAAUUCUGGAGAGAAGGCCCCAGGAGCAGGGGAGUUGGAGGGCUACAGACAGGGACGCAGCUCCAGGUAUCGAAAGCCGCAUAAGGGGAUGGCAAGGGCCAAGGAGCUGAAGGGCCCCUGGGACCUGGAUCGGCUGCACAGGCAGUUACAGGAGGAAUUAGACUGUGGUCCUCAAAAGCCGACCUGGAAGGUUUUGCGCGCAGCUGUCCAAGCCUCUGCCAGGAACAAGAAGAGCUCUACCUUGGGGGAUGCUGAAAGUUUAUUUAAUGCCAGCUUCUCUAAUCGUACCUUCCACAAAAGACAGGAGGCUACCAGAAACCUGCUGCAGGCCUGGGAACUGCAGCACCUGAAGGAGAGGCAGCAGGCUGAGUUCCGCAGAGCAAGGGAGCAGCAGGUGCAGCAGCAGGUGGCUCGAUGUCUGGCAGCCUACACACCCAGAGAGAACAAAGGGGCCUUGGCUGCUCAGCGCAAACUAGAGGACCUGAGGCGCAAAGAACGACAGCGUUUUGUGGAGUAUCAGGCAGAGCUACAAGGCAUCCAGCACAGGGUGCAGGCCCGGCCCUUCCUGUUCCAGCAGGCCAUGCAGACCAAUGCCAGGCUCACAGCAAAUCGGCGCUUUUCCCAGGUGCUGUCAGCGCUGGGAGUAGAUGAGGAACAGCUGCUGGCUGAGGCAGGAAAAGCAGAGGGCACCCCCCGGAGACAAAGGAGCCACCGGUCACUUGGAGCAGAAAUGGAGCCCUCUUCUCUGAGCCCCCCAAAGACAGAGGGUUCCAGCAGCCAGCCUGAAAGACAACUUUCCCCAACCCCGGACCCACAGGACGGUCCCUGAGAUAAAAAAUUAAACGCUUUAUGGCAAGUACGUAGAAAUCUCAAGUGUGAGAUUUCUGAGGGGAGUUGGCUGUGGA